UCGACUAUUUCGCGGAACAUCGAGGAGAAGAAUGUUGACAGCGGCUGCGAAUACACUGUCGAAUAACGGCGGCUCUUACAGCAAUGAGAGACCGUCGAGCGCUGGUGACGCGGAUCUCGCUACGGAUCCUGCUUCCGGCGGAUUUUUUCACUCUGAUUAUAAGAAACAUGAGGACUUGAAAGAGAUGUUAGACAGUAAUAAAGAUGGACUCAAGUUGGAAGCUAUGAAACGUAUAAUUGGGAUGGUGGCCAAAGGAAGGGAUGCAUCAGAGCUGUUUCCAGCUGUUGUAAAAAAUGUAGUGUCCAAAAACAUCGAAGUGAAGAAGCUGGUAUAUGUUUAUCUAGUUCGUUAUGCAGAGGGUCAGCAAGAUCUUGCUCUUCUUUCCAUAUCGACUUUUCAAAGAGCCCUGAAGGAUCCUAAUCAAUUAAUAAGAGCAAGUGCUCUCAGAGUACUGUCCAGCAUACGAGUUCCUAUGAUAGUACCCAUUGUAAUGCUCGCUAUUAAGGAUUCAGCCAGCGAUAUGUCUCCAUAUGUCCGAAAAACUGCUGCUCACGCAAUCCCCAAGUUAUACUCGUUGGAACCUGAACAAAAGGAGGAGUUGAUAAGCGUGCUGGAGAAACUGCUAUCUGACAAAACCACCCUUGUAGUAGGUUCAGCUGUAAUGGCCUUUGAAGAAGUUUGCCCAGAGAGGAUAGAUCUCAUUCACAAGAAUUACAGAAAGUUGUGUAAUUUAUUGGUGGACGUUGACGAGUGGGGUCAAGUGGUUAUCGUUAACAUGCUCACCCGAUAUGCCAGAACACAAUUCGUCAAUCCGAAUACAGAUAAAGGGAUGAUUUUUCAGAAUCUAGACGAGGACGAAAACCGGCCGUUCUACGACUCUGACUCCGAUUCCUCCAACACCAAGAAACCAAAGUUCACGUUAGAUCCCGAUCAUCGUUUACUAUUGAGGAAUACUAAACCUUUGCUGCAAAGUCGUAAUGCGUCUGUGGUAAUGGCGGUCUCUCAAUUGUAUCAUCAUGCAGCACCCAGAAGCGAAGUGAUGACUGCUGCAAAAGCACUCAUCAGAUUGCUGAGAGGGCACAGGGAAGUGCAAAGCGUUGUGUUGCACUGUAUCGCCAGCAUUUCAAUUACGAGAAAGGGGAUGUUCGAGCCCUUUCUGAAAUCGUUCUUCGUACGUACUUCGGAUCCAACUCAUAUAAAACUCCUAAAACUCGACAUACUGACAAAUCUAGCGACUGAGACUAGUAUCAGCGUGAUACUUCGGGAAUUUCAGACGUAUAUCUCGAGCAGCGACAAGGAAUUUGUAGGUGCCAGCAUACAGGCUAUCGGCAGAUGCGCGAGUAACAUUAAGGAAGUAACCGAUACGUGCCUCAAUGGAUUGGUUUCAUUAUUAAGCAAUAGAGAUGAAGCAAUUGUGGCAGAGAGUGUCGUGGUGAUAAAGAAACUUUUGCAAACACAGCCGAAUGAGCACAAGGACAUAAUCGCGCACAUGGCAAAAUUAAUGGAUUUCAUCACUGUGCCGCAGGCUAGAGCUUCCAUUCUGUGGCUCUUGGGCGAGUACUCCGACAGAGUUCCCAAAAUAGCGCCGGACGUGUUGCGAAAAAUGGCGAAAAGUUUCGUGAACGAACAGGACAUAGUGAAACUGCAGACCUUGAAUCUGGCAGUGAAACUGUGCCUGAAUAAUCCCACACAGACAAAGCCAUUUUGCCAGUAUGUCUUCCAACUCGCCAAGUACGAUCAGAACUACGAUAUCAGGGAUCGCGCGCGUUUCUUGCGACAUUUUAUCUUCGACGACGAGACCAGUACGAAGAAGCUGCCGCAGUUCGCGAAGAGGAUCUUUCUUACUCCGAAACCGGCGCCGACUUUAACGUCCAGGUUUAAAGACUCGGAGUACCAAUUGGGCACUCUGUCCCAUUACCUGGACAUGCCGUGCGCGGGCUAUCGGCCACUACCGCCUUUCCCAGAGGUCACGCAAGAUCCGUCCGUACGGGACGUCGCGCCAACGAUCGUGCAAGAACACAGCAGAGAAGAGAAAUACGGUAGAAAGGAAAAGAAGGAAAAGAAGAGCAAAGAGAAGGAAAAACCAUUCUACAGUGAUGAAGAAAGCACGCCCGCUGAAGAGUCGGAGAAUCAAUCGUCCGAUUCCUCGUCUAGCGAGUCGUCGGACGAGGACAGCGAUUCUUCGGAGUACUCGAGCGAAUCGGACAAGUCUGAGAUGGGCAGCGGGAAAAAAAACGAAACGAAAUCCGACGACUCUGAAAGUGAAUCGUCAAGUAGCGAGGAAUCGAAUUCUGAAGAGGAAAGCGAUACUCAAGAGAGCGAAGAGGAGAAGCCAAAGGUCAUUAAAAAUGAGGAAAUAAGGGAGAAGCCGAAAAGCAACUUUGACUUGCUAUUGGACUUGGAUGAUGUCGUUCCAAUGACUCCUGUGAUGACGCCUAGCUUGGGUGGCUUCCUCACUCCGAUUAAUCCAACAGUCACGGACAACGUACGCGAGGUGUCGACGUCCUACGUUCCAUUGAAGAAGACCACUCUGUUAAACAGUAUCACUGGCCACGGUUUGAAGAUCGAGUAUAGAUUCACGAGAUCGCAACAUUUAGUUAGCUCGAGUCUGGUUAGCAUCGAAUUGACGUUUCUGAAUGAAAAUAAUAACGUCAUCAAAGAAAUCCAAGUGGGAAACAAGAAUCUGCAAAAGGGAAUGUUUAUUCACGAUUUCACGCAAAUACCAUUGCUGGACGCAAACGCCACACUAUCUUCUACAUUAGGUGUCAACUUCAACGAUUCCACUCAACCGGCGAACUUCAAUAUCGAUUUCGUGAUCAAUGAAGAGAAAUACUCAUGUCCAGUCAGUAUUAAAGCGCCGAUCGGGGAGAUAAUAAGAUCCGUGAUGUUACCCGAGGGUAUGUUUAACACGGAGAAAGGCAAAUUGAAGGGCAUGAACGAGCACAUAGCGAAAAUACCGUAUUCCGGGAACAAGAACGCUCUUCCCCAAAAGAUCUUUGAGGCUGCGAAUGUCGCGAGGAUAACCGACGAGGAUGAGGUCAUCCGAUUCGUCGCUCAUACUUUAGCAUCGAAAUCGUUGGUGCUAGUGACAAUAAGAUUCAUCGAAGCCGAGCAGCAAUUGGAGGUCUGCGUAAACUGUGAAAAAAUGGUGAUAGGAUCGAUCCUGUUGAACGAACUCAAAAGUCACUUGAAAUGAAGCGUGCUACUUGUGGAAUUAGUAUUGUGUCGCUUACAACAUGAGAAAAAGUUCGAAUAUUUCGCUCUUCAUUACGCGAAGGUAAAUCCGCAAACACGUCGCAUUUAACAUUUCUACACUCAUAAUAUAAUCGGGGAGAAAAAAUAUAUAUCCCCCCUCCGUAUGUAUGCAUACGGGCACAUGUGUACGUAUAUAAAUAAAUUAACUAUAUACAAUUAAAAA